AUGGGGGUUUCAUGGGAAGAAAGUGUGACUUAUUCCAUCAACGCAAUCUACCUUCUGUUCUCAGCCUACCUUGUCUUUGUAAUGCAAAUUGGGUUUGCCAUGAUAUGUGCAGGUUCAGUGCGUGCAAAAAAUGCAAUGAACAUAAUGCUCACAAACGUGGUUGAUGCAGUGGUUGGUAGCAUCUCCUUCUACCUCUUCGGUUUUGCAUUUGCAUAUGGCACUUCUAACCCUUUCAUUGGCACUCAUCUCUUUGCUCUAUCCCACAUUCCAAACGCAACUUACGACUAUGCUUUCUUCCUUUACCAAUGGGCUUUUGCUAUAGCUGUAACAGGCAUCACAAGUGGAUCCAUAGCUGAGAGAACUCAAUUCAGUGCAUAUCUUGUUUUCUCAUUUUUCCUCAGUGGCUUUGUCUACCCAGUUGUUGCUCAUUGGCUCUGGUCAUCCAGUGGUUGGCUCAGUCCAACUUCAACUCACUUGUUGCUCGGUUCAGGAGCCAUUGACUUUGCUGGGAGUGGAGUCGUGCAUUUGGUUGGUGCAGUUGCUGGUCUUUGGGGCUCCAUCAUAGAAGGCCCACGGACCGGAAGAUUUGAUUCUUCAGGCAGGCCCAUGCCUCUUAGAGGCCAUAGUGCAACACUUGUUGUACUUGGGACCUUUUUGUUAUGGUUUGGUUGGUUUGGAUUUAAUCCAGGAUCCUUUGACAAGAUCCUUGUGGCUUAUCCCGGCACGUCGGACCAAGGUAAUUGGACCUCGGUGGGUCGGACUGCCGUAACAACCAUAUUAGCUGGUUCGACGGCUGGGAUAACUACCUUAUUCGGCCGACGAUUGUUAGUCGGCCACUGGGAUGCAAUGGAUGUGUGCAACGGCUUGCUUGGUGGGUUUGUUGCCAUCACGUCCGGAUGCUCUGUUGUGGAGCCAUGGGCCGCCAUUAUUUGCGGGUUUGUAUCCGCUUGGGUUUUAAUUGGGCUGAACAUUGUGGCCCUAAAGUUGAACUAUGAUGAUCCAUUAGAGGCAGCCCAAUUGCAUGGAGGGUGUGGCACUUGGGGUUUGUUGUUUACUGGGUUGUUUGCGAAAGAGGAGUUUGUGAUUCAAGUGUAUAAUUCUGGUGAGAUUGGGGUUUCAAGACCCUAUGGUGUACUACUUGGAGGUGGUUGGGGAUUGUUUGGAGCCCAAGUGAUUGAGAUUUUGACAAUCUUUGGAUGGGUGAGUGUAACAAUGGGCCCUAUAUUCUAUGCCUUGCACAAGCUUGAGAUAUUGAGAAUUCCUGUUAAUGAGGAAGUUGCUGGCAUUGACAUUUCUUGUCAUGGAGGGUAUGCUUAUGCUCAAGAAAACUAUCAUCUCAGACUUUAUGGAGAUUACAUGCCUAUUCAACAUGCCCUAUCUUAGUCUCAUUUUUGUGUGACAU